AUGACACGUGUGGUCACACAAAGUGGGUCUUCACUCUAUUUUUCAGAGUUGAUAUUUCAAGGCAAAGAAUUGCUCACACUUUCUAAGAACGUUCAUUUCACUGCCAAAAGUUUGAGUCUUAAAAAUGUCUUCAUCAAAUUUGGGAGUAAUGUUACAUUAACAAUUGAUAAAGGUAUUGAUGGUGACAAUUCACGAAUGAGUCUUGGAGAGAAUUCCACUAUUCGAAGUGCAUCAACUCAACUUUAUCAUGGAGGUCUAUCUCUUGGUAUUAAUAACACGUUUAUUACAAACUCACUCGAACUGUUUGAUCAAAGCGAUUUUGUGGUGAGCGAAAAUAGCAAAAUUUGUGUUGGCCAAACGACGGUUCUAUCAAGUGGAAGUUCUUUGAUAUUCAAUAAAAACAUUUCUACAAUAUUUGAAGAUGUUUUUGUUUCACAUAAAAGUACUCUUCAAUUUGGAGACGAUAAUUCUUUGACAUCAAAGGGGAGGAUUAAAGUUAGUACAUAUUCUCAAUGUGUAGUUCGAUGUAACACAACCGUUUUAAUUGCCAGAAAUUUGUUUUUGAAUAGCUUCAGCACGUUGACAACAAAUAGGAAUGUACAAAUACAGACGAAUGAAUACAUCAGUGUUGUUGAUGAUUCAAACGCCACAUUUGGAGAUGAAAAUACAAUUGAAAUAGGCGACUACUUGUAUGUGAGUAACCACAGCUUAGUAGAUGUAAAUACUAAGAACAAAAUUUCUAUUCAAACGUUCUAUAUGGUGAACCAAUACUCUAACGUAUCUUUUGGAGAAGAUACAUAUCUCCACGCUGAGAAUUUUGACUUUUCAAAUUCGCACUUGAAUUUCGAAAAUGCGUUUAAUGGGUCUGCAAACACCAUUUGUAACAUACAAAAUUGUAAUUUGAGUUUCAAAGAUAAUGCACAGAUACUUGUAGAAGGAAAUACAAAACAAGUUUGCAAACGUGGAGAUAAAGAGUGUCACAUCCUUUCUAUUGAUAGCCAGUCCAUUUUCACUAUUAACAAAACAAUCAAAUGUUAUCCAGUUUUCAUCUUGUUGAAUGGUCAAUUCAAUGUUGGAGAUGGUGUCACCAUCAACAGUGUUUCCAAUGAAAGUUUCGACUUUAUAGCAACUCGUGACGUUCACUCUGAUAUUCAAUUUGGAAAUUUCACAACAGUGAGUGAAGGGAAAGUUCUCCGGUACCAAGAUAGUAAUACAGAAGAGGUGUAUUGUUACAUGAAUGGUACUUCAUGGAGAGAGUCUAAUCGAGACAACACUUUAGAAAUAGACGUUGUGAACACAUUCUCCUUUGUCCAUCAACAUUGUCCUUGUUAUGGUGAACACUGUCAUAUAAUUAAUUUGAUGAACGACAUUUAUAUCAGUGACCAUUCAAUACACUCGACAUUUGAAAAUAAAGCGACUUUGCACUUUGAAAUUGAAACAGAGAAAAUACAGAAGGUCGUUGCAGAGAGUAUUGCAGCAGAGUUGUUUACUACCGUUUGGGUGUCAUUCCCUGAAUACUCAAUAUUUUCUUUUAAUAUGAACAAAACGAUUCAAAUUGAUGACUACACCAUUCAAAGUCCGAAAAAAGAGUUAAAAAGAGAAGCAAAACAGACCAAAUUAACUUUUUCAAAUAUCGACUUGGCGUUUUCAACUACAAAAGACUUGUUUUUAUCAACAAAAUUACCAACACAAUCACAAUUGAGUGAAUCUGGAAAUACAGUUGUUUUAGCAUCGUCAUUUUAUGUGACUGUUGGUGACAUAACAUGUCAAGCCGCAAUUGUGGAUAACAAUAUCACCAAGUGUUUAAUUCAAUCGCCACAGACAUGUCCACCCAACCAUUUUUACAAUGAUAUUACACAGAGGUGUGACGUGUGUUCAAACAACUGCAAACAGUGUUUGAAUCAAGAAGAAUGUCAUUCAUGUGAAGACAAUUUUGUACUUCAAAACAAGUUUUGUGUUCACAACGAGAAGUGUUUGUUAACGUCUGCCUCUCGAUGUUGGAAAUGUUCCGAAGGUAAUGUGAACACCAACUGUGAUAAUUGUGAUUUAAAUUGUUUUUUAUGUGAAGAGGAGUGUCAGAUAUGUGCAAAUGGAUAUAUCAAGAAUGGGAGUAAAUGUGUUAUAAUUGAUCAUUCCAUUUCAGUGUCACAAAGUGGGAGUAUUUCUUGUGUGAAUGGAUUUUUUAACACUGAAGGGAUAUGUCAGUCGUGUAGCAUAUAUGGGGAAGCUUGUUUAGAGUGUCAAAUAAGUGGGUGUGAAUUGUGUGAUACUGGAUAUGUCAUAUCAAAUGGAAGAUGCGUUCUCUCACAUUGUCUAACUUUUGUUAUUAAUUUAAAUACCACUGAAAAUCGUAUAUGUCAAAUUUGUGAACCACAUUACACAUUAAAUAUUAACGGAAAGUGUGAACCACAUAUCGAAAAUUGUGAGAUAACAAAUGAAGGAAAUUGUGUUGUAUGUAGUUACCCUUUUGUUAAUAAUAACGGCACUUGUGUUUCACGUAUUGAUAAUUGUGAGCAAUACUCAAACGGAUUUUGUGUUCGGUGCAUCGCACGAUACUAUAUUAAUGACCUUUUUACGUGUUCUCAAUGUCUUCCUCAGUGUAAUUUGUGUUCCAACAAACGUAGUUGUGAUCUUUGUGAAUCAAACUAUUUACUGUAUGACGGACAAUGUAAAGAUUCAAAACUAAUUGGGUGUUCCGUCCAACUCAAUUCAAAGUGUGUUCAAUGUGAAGAUGGGUAUUUUAAAGACAAAGAUACGUGCAUGGAAUGCAGUUUAAAUUGUCAAACUUGUUUGAAUAAUAACACAUGUAUUUUGUGUGACUCCGACUUUGUGUUAACUGAUUCCAACACAUGUCGCUCGAAAAUUGAGUCUAACUGUGAUGAAAUAAUAAAUUCCCAAUGUUUAACAUGUGCUUCUGGUUUCUAUUUAGAACAAAAAGAGUGUAAACAAUGUGGUCCAGGAUGUUCCAUCUGUAACUCAUUUAAUCAGUGCCAAGCGUGUUUGUCCACUUUUGUGUAUUCAAAUGGAAAAUGUGACUCUUUGAAUCUUAUCAACAAUUGCAUUUCAAUUGAAAACAGUGAGUGUGUCUCCUGUUCAUUUUUGUAUAAAGCAAAUAAGACAUAUUGUUCACAACAAUUGACGCUCACUGAAUUUGUUCUGAUUUUAGUUGUCUGUCUACUCUUUGUAGUUCUUAUCAUUAUGACUAUUCUAUUUGUCAUUGUGUACUUCACGCGACCACGGCAGAGGUCUCUUAAAAAUUAUAUUUUUGAUAUGAAAACCACCACUCUAAAUUUCUCGACUCGAAUAAACAGCAAAAUUGUCUUAAACAAAAGUGUCAUUGAAUUGGGCAAAUUAACGGACUUGGAAGCGACAUUGGAGUCUGUCCUUUGUGUUGGGAACACAUACCCAACACCACAGCUUGUGAGUUUGGAGUUGAGCGAAUACGAAACUCGGUUUUCUCUACGCGUGACACCUUCUUGUGCAAUACUGAAAAAAGGUGAGGCAUGUGAAUUUCACAUAGAAGUGUUUCCACUGACUGAGUGCACGUACUCGGGUGUAAUCAGUGUCGUCGACAAAGACAUUGAAACGAACCAAAUUGAUAAAGGCGAUUUCUUUGUUUUCUUUGAAGAGAGCGACUUUAUCCAUAUCAAUCCACUUGAAAUACAAAAACAGUGUUUAAUAGGUGAGGGGGUAUACGGUGAUGUUUUCAGAGCGUUUUACAAAGGCAGUGAAGUUGCACUGAAAAGGAUGAAGAACUUAAAGAACGAAAAUUACUAUGAAGAGUUUGGUCGUCAAGUGCGAAUCAUCAAUCAAAUGAAGAGUCCAUAUGUCAUUGGGUUCUAUGGAAUUGUAGUUGGUGAGACUUAUAGUGUAGUGAGUGAGUAUUCGGUAUAUGGAAGUGUGUACGACGCUAUUAAGAAAGGCGAUAUCUUGAGAGAGAAAUUGAAAACAAAAAUCCUUAUUGACAGUGGUUAUGCUCUCAUGUAUUUACACAACCACAAUAUUAUUCACGGCGACUUUAAAACUUCAAAUAUUUUGAUUAUGAAUAAAACACUGAACGGAAAGGUUAACGCGAAAAUCUGUGAUUUUGUGAAUUCAAUUUAUUUGAAGGAAGAAAACAACCAAAGCUAUAAACAGUCUAGUAUUAUUGGUAACUCGGCGUAUUGUGCUCCUGAAAUAUACGAGAAGAAAAGUCCUAGUAAAAAGUCUGAUGUUUUUGCGUAUGGAAUGGUACUCUAUGAAACUUUUUCAUGGAAACUUUUAUAUCAACAAUUUGAGCAUGUUAUGGAUAUUCAGAAAUAUGUUUGUGAAGGGAAGAGACUUGAAAUUAUUGAUGAGAUCAACAGGGACCAAUAUGAAUUAAUCACGAAGUGUUGGGGACAAAACCCGGAAGAGAGAAUUGAUAUAGAAAAGGCAGUGCAGAAUUUAAAAGACUUGAAUUGA